CCAGAAUGGAAGGACGAGCGGCGGUCGUUGUUGUCGCGAAUCGCUUCAAUUCUCUGACUGCAUCUCUUUCUCUUCUGCCUGCGUGUGCACUUGGUGUGUAUAAAUAUCCCCCAGCAUCCUCGCUGGACAUUGCAUUUGCCUUCUCUGCUUCCUGUUCCUUCGCCCACGGUUCCUUCUUCCCCGCUUCAGUAUCAAGUGAGCGACCCGCCGAGUCAGCGGCUGGCAUCCACGGUUCGCAAUCAGCAUUAUCUAGUGAUACCCCUGUUAUUGUUUGUUCGAACUCGAAAUGGCUCCAUACGACGACUACCGCUUAUCUUCGAGUAUUCUGGAGAGUCCGCGCGACGGACCCCGUCACUCCAGAGAACACUUGCAUUCUCGUGGUCCUCCGGUACGCGAACGACCACGCCCGGCCUUCGAUGAUGAGCGCUUUGAGUCACGCCUGCAUGCAGCUGACCGAUAUGGUCCACCUGCCCGCCGGCCAGAAAGGUUCUACAAUGAUGCGGACUCGUUUAUCUCAUCUGAGCGCCCUGAACGCCGCCGGGGAGUGAGCCCUUCUCCUCGACCCCGCCUUUUGCGACGACAGUCUUCCCUGGAUACCUUUGAUCGCAUCCCAUCACGAAAAUUGGAAGAGAUGUACUACCGGGGCCCUUCUCCCCGACUUUCACCCCCUCCAAGAUCAAGAUACUCUCCUUCUCCGCGGCCUCAUGGAGAUGAUCUCUAUUACGAGGAUAUUCGCAUCGCAGAGCCGGACUACUAUGGAGACGAAGAGUUUAGAGGAUUCCGCGAGCGGGACCGGUAUCCAACUCACCCUCGUCGCUCCAGUAGCCGUUUCCGUGAGAGGAUUAUCGAAGAACGCAUUGAGAGACCGUACCCCCGAAAGGGCAAAACUCGCAUGCCCAAGAAGCUGGUCCAUCCUCGGGCCAUCCUUGACAAGGGCUAUCCAUUCGAGGAAGAGGACAAAGCGGUCAUGAUUCAGGUGGCUCUCUCCAAGGAGCAGAUUGAUGAGCUCGUCACUAUCAGCCGGGAGAUCAGGCGGGUAAACGAGACCCGGAUUGUACGCACUUCUCCGUCACCCGUUCGCAUGGAACGGCUUAGUAUAGCAGAUAGUCCGCCUCGAGCAAGCCACGAUACGCUGAUUGUUGAGCGAUCACCACCUCGAUCACACUCGCGCCAUCACCGCCACCGUCGUGGGCACAGCGAAAGGACUUUGAGCGUUUCCCGAACCAGAUCUCGGUCAAUAUCAGUUCAGAGUCGUCGUCGCCGUCGGUCCUCGCCUGGACGCCGCGAGGCCAAUCGAGAUGAGACUGGUCCUCUGGCCAUUAUGGUGCGCCCCCGAGAUAGUGACGAUGAUCUUAAACUUGUCGGGCCAUUGGAACGCCGCAGUGGUGAUCUGAUCGAGGACGAAGAAGUCCAUGAAGUGAAAAAGGAACGCAAAUCUCCCAAUUCUCGACUUAUUCGCGCAAUGAUGGCCACUCUGACUUAAUUCUUAUCAGCUCCCCUACGCUUUACCUUUUAAUUCCCCUUUCCCUUCAUUUCCAUUUCUUAAUUUCUAUGUUUUACUUUUUAAAUACCAUAUUGGAAUAUGGGCAGAAUGUAAUGACUGGAGAGCAUAUAUUUGAUGCAUACGACACCGCAUAUUUACGAUACAUACGAAUAUAAUAAUGACUAUAAUUCCAU